GGUAUCUACUUUGAUUUGACUUCUGGUAUAGAGUGGCAAUUAUCACGUGACUAGGAUUAUCGUGCCACAAUUGUUGCUGAAGGUUUCUCAAUUGAUGAUCCCAGAGCUGUGUAUUCUACUGAACACGUUAGUCUUGAUACAGGGGAGGACUUGUGUCUUAUCUCAAUGUGAGUCGAGUGAGUUAUACAAACAGAGUGUUUCCUGAAUUUGAUAAUUCGUUGAUGAAAGUUCCAAUGUACUUUGCAGCGGGUGCUUUUAUUUUUGAAGCUCAUGUUGAAAAUGGAACAGAAUCUCAGUGUGUUGAUCAAUAUUCCAUGGACUGUGAUUUGUGGUUGGAGACAAUAAACGAAGAAAAUCUACGUUUACAAAAAGAAGCUACUGCUUAUAAUGGUAUCUUGUUUGUCGACGUUGACGUUUACUGCAAUAUUCCAGCCAAGAUGAAAGCUGCAUAUGAAUGGUUGUCUCAGCACAUCGAAUUUAAAUGUCUUCUUAAAACUGAUGACGACUGCUUUGUUCACAUUGAAGAAAUAUUAAAAGGCAUAGAGAAAAAUCAUUUGCAAGACUAUGAUAAAGUGUGAUGGGGCAAGUAAGUUAUGAAGACUUAUUAAUAGCUGUCUGCCCUUAUCGAGGUAAUUAAUUGCUGAUUAAAUAGAGUCUUUGUGUUGUGU